GAUGUCAUCAGCAGCAUAAGACAAGUCUCCAAAGCAGCACUGAAAGAAGAUGCCAAACCAAGUAAGGACAGUGAAGAUGCUUUCUAUGACUCUCAAAAAUUUGAGGUCUUGUACUGUGGAAAGGUGACGGUGGCUCACAAGAAAGCUCCCUCAACACUAAUUGAUGAUUGCAUUGAGAAAUUUAGCCUUCACGAGCGCCAGCGCCUGAAGCUAUUAAACGAGCAGCGGAAUAACGAGUCAAGUUUGGACUUAACCUUGUGUGAGGGAAAUUUGCCAGCUUCUCCAUCGGAUAGCCCAUUUGAGGAGCUGGACAGCCCAAAUAACACCCCAGGGCACACUACGAUGUUUACAGUCGGCAGCCAGACCAAUUUGACCAACCUAGGCAGCGCUCGUGGCUCCUUUCCAGAACGAAUUUUGGAGGACUCUGGCUUUGAUGAGCAGCAAGAGUUUCGCUCCCGGUGCAGCAGUGUCACUGCAGUUAUGCAAAGAAGGGUUCAUGACACAAACCUGAAAACACAGCCGCGCAGAAGACAUGCAAGUGCACCCAGUCAUGUUCAGCCCUCCGACUCUGAGAAGAACAGGACAAUGUUGUUCCAGGUUGGAAGGUUUGAAGUUAACCUCAUCAGUCCAGACACCAAAUCUGUUGUGCUUGAAAAGAAUUUUAAAGAUAUCUCCUCAUGUUCUCAGGGUAUAAAACAUGUUGAUCACUUUGGCUUCAUUUGCCGGGAAUCUGUUGAACCUGGGUUAAGCCAGUACGUUUGCUAUGUGUUCCAGUGUGCAAACGAGUCUCUGGUUGAUGAGGUAAUGCUGACCCUGAAACAAGCCUUUAGCACUGCUGCAGCUCUGCAAAAUGCCAAGACGCAGAUUAAGCUGUGUGAGGCCUGCCCUAUGCAUUCAUUGCACAAACUUUGUGAAAGAAUUGAAGGACUCUAUCCACCAAGAGCCAAACUUGUAAUUCAGAGACAUCUAUCAUCACUAACUGAUAAUGAACAAGCAGACAUUUUUGAACGUGUUCAGAAAAUGAAGCCUGACAAUGACCAAGAAGAGAAUGAACUUGUGAUCUUACAUCUACGCCAACUCUGUGAAACUAAGCAGAAAACACAUGUUCACAUUGGUGAAGCACCGUCGACCAUUUCUAACACUGCGAUUCCAGAAAGCACCACCAGUGGUGGCAGGUUUAAACUUGACAUUCUGAAAAACAAGGCCAAGAAAUCCUUGACUAGCUCUCUGGAAAAUAUCUUCUCAAGGGGAGCCAACAGAAUGCGAGGCCGCCUGGGAAGCGUGGACAGCUUUGAGCGUUGCAACAGCCUUGCUUCUGACAAAAAUGCCGAUCCCUGCGAUUCCCCGCCAGCUACUCCUCCAGCAUCCCCCGUGUCCUCGGCCUGGCAGCCGUUUCCCGAGGAAGAUUUGGACUCCCCCCAGUUCAGAAGGCGAGCACACACCUUCAGCCACCCUCCCUCCAGUGCCAGGCGGAGGAUAACCUUCCAGAACGGGAGGUCCCAGAGCGUCCGGUCCCCGCUGCUACGGCAGAGCUGCGUUGAGACAACAAGCCCUAUUGUCGGGGUUCGGCGCGCUCUCAGUGAAUCCGCGUCGCCUGGUCUCCCCUCCUCUGUCUCUGCCCCUUCUUUCCUGAAAAGCUUUUACCAGGGCUCAGGAAGGUUGCUCCAGCACUCAGAAACUGACCUCUCCAAGAGUGAUGGGGAGGGAAAGAAAAGAACAUCAACUGUCUGCAGCAGUGAAUCUCUAAAUGCUGUGGGGGCCACGCUCACACCUCGCCGCAUCUCCUGGCGGCGGAGAAUAUUUCUGCAGGUAGCUUCACCUAUGAAUAAAUCUCCUUCCAAGAUGCAGCAUCCAGAUGGUCAUGAUGGAAGUGAAUUGUUACCAUUAUCCCCUCUUGCUCCACCUUUGGAGGAGGACCCUCUUGUUCUAGUAUUGCAAAAUGAGGAUGGUCCAGAUAAAACUGGAGAGAGGAAAAACUCAGAAGAACUGCAAAGUCUCUGGAGAAAAGCCAUCCAUCAACAAAUUCUGUUGCUUCGAAUGGAAAAAGAAAACCAGAAGCUGGAAGAAGCAAGUAGAGAUGAGCUCCAAUCAAGAAAAGUCAAACUGGACUAUGAUGAAGUUGGUACAUGUCAGAAAGAUGUCAUAAAUGUUUGGGAUAAGAAGUUACUAAACUGCAGAGCCAAAAUCCGGUGUGACAUGGAAGAUAUGCAUUCCACUUUGAAAGAAGGUGUACCAAAAAGUCGUCGGGGAGAAAUUUGGCAGUUUUUGGCUGUGCAACAUCGAGUCAGACACAGACUGCCAAACAAGCAGCAGCCUCCUGACAUCUCUUACAAAGAACUUCUGAAACAGCUGACAGCUCAACAGCACGCCAUCCUUGUAGAUCUAGGACGGACAUUCCCAACACAUCCUUACUUUUCUGCCCACCUGGGAGCAGGACAGCUAUCACUCUUUAAUCUCCUGAAAGCAUACUCUUUGCUGGACAAAGAAGUGGGUUAUUGUCAAGGUAUAAGCUUUGUAGCUGGAGUGCUGCUUCUACAUAUGAGUGAGGAACAGGCCUUUGAAAUGCUGAAAUUCCUUAUGUAUGACCUUGGCUUCCGUAAACAGUACAGGCCAGACAUGAUGUCCCUACAGAUUCAGAUGUAUCAGCUCUCAAGGCUGCUUCAUGAUUAUCACAGAGACCUGUAUAAUCAUCUUGAAGAAAAUGAAAUCAGUCCCAGCCUUUAUGCUGCACCAUGGUUUCUUACACUGUUUGCAUCUCAGUUUCCAUUAGGAUUUGUAGCCAGAGUAUUUGACAUUAUUUUUCUUCAAGGAACAGAAGUCAUAUUUAAAGUAGCACUGAGCCUACUUAGCAGUCAAGAAACAUCUAUAAUGGGGUGUGAGAGUUUUGAGAACAUUGUUGAUUUUCUUAAAACCACUAUUCCAGAUAUGACUCAGCCUCAAAUGGAAAAAAUUAUUACCCAGGUGUUUGAGAUGGAUAUUUCAAAACAGCUCCAUGCCUAUGAAGUAGAGUACCAUGUUCUGCAGGAUGAGCUGCAGGAAAAUGUGAGUCCCUGUGACGAAGGUGAACCCUUGGAGAAGCUGGAGAGGGCAAACAGUCAUUUGAAGAGACAAAACAUGGAUUUGUUGGAGAAGCUACAGGUUGCUCAUGCUAAAAUUCAGAGUCUGGAAUCCAACCUGGAGACUAUUUUGAUUCGAGAGAACAAAAUGAAGACUGCAAUUCAGUCCCUGGAACAGGAAAAUAUAACAUAUCAAAAGACUCUUGAGCAGAUAAUGAAGUAUUUGCCACCAGAAGCGUUGUCUGACUGUGAACUGCUCCUGAAGGAAGUGAAUUACAAUCCAAAUAAUAAAAUAAGGAGUAAGCCAUAAACCAGGGUUUUCUAGGCAGCAUUUCUUCAAAAAAAGGGAAAGAAAAGAUGAAUAUGCUGCUUUCAAAGAACUUAGCAAUAGGCAAUGGUAUU